AUGAAGAAAGCCACUGAGGCGCAAACUGAUGUCGUCACAGCUCUGCCUUUUGAGGCGCAUGAGUGGGACGUGUUUACUGGCAUGCAUGAUGCUAUCCUUGAUAUUCAGGUAUUAUAGAACCCCCCUCCGAGAGCUUCAAGGGUUUGACGCUUUUGUGCUAUGUAUCUAUGCGCUGUGCAUCUAUGAAAAAGAAAUGUCACAAUCGGUUAAGUUGGAUCUUGUGCCUUUUUUUCUUGCAACUGUGACCAAAAUAGCUCUCGGAACGGCAUGCGUCUUUUAGGGUCACUUUCGCUGGUAGAUUCAGCUGCUGGGUCAAUUCGUAUCAAGGGAACAAACGGGUUUUAAGUGUAAAUUGUCACCGGUGAUAUCUUCGUAGUACUUAGGUAAAGUGUCCUCAUUUUUCCGCCUAGAUAAAGAUCAAAAGCUAGCGUGGAAUGAAAAGUUAAUACCCUGAAGUUAAGUUAUUGGCAUUGGGCUUAGAUUUGUGGUUGAAAACGUCGUUUUAAUUUCUCUUGCAUCGGUGGUGGGCUUAGAUUUGUGGUUGAAAAAAUCGUUUUCAUUUCCUUUGCAUCUGUUGUUGUUAGGCUUGCCUACCAAUCAUUGAUGAUCUCAGUCGCUCGGCCAUGCGGCCUCGACACUGGAAGCAACUAUUACGUGUAACAGGAGGAGCCGUGCAGAUCAGUAAUGAAGGAUUGACGAGAAUGACUUUGGGACAGCUCCUGGAGCUGGGGCUACACAGUAAGGAGUUACUUAAUAGAGUGAAGUUCUCUUUAUUGAUUCAAGGAGUAGGUCAUUGUCAGUGCAUUGUGAAAAAUUUAGUGUCAAUGUUUCAGUUACGAUCCAUUUCAAUCUCUUCCAUCUUUGGCCUUGGUUGUUCUUUCUUAGUUUUUUGUAAUGCUUUUUUGUGUUUUUCUUUCUUAAUGAACAAGUAUUUGUAGUCUCUCUUGAGUCGAAGGUGCUUCAGCAUGUUGCAGAAAUAUCUCAAAAUAUCCAUUCUCUGGGAGAAAGCACUUACAUUAGAAAUUUAAAACAGUCUCAAUUAUCAGCAGUAUCCACUACUUAAGCAAGCUUAAUCAGCGCUUUGCUACUAUCAUUUCAUGCUUAUCCGUAAGUAUUUUACUUUUUCCAAUAGUAAUUUAAAACGAAGUUAGAAUAAUAGGUUUCUGACGACAAGUUUUGGUAGCCAUUGAAAGACUUAAAUUCAAAAUUUGUGUUUGUUUGCUGUUAUUUGUAGACCAUGCUGAAGAGGUCCGGUCCAUAAUUCAAAGGGCUGCAAAAGAUGUGGCUAUUGAGAGUUCACUGAAGACGUACGAAGAAGUCUGGCUGAGUAAGAUCUUUGAGCUCAGGGUGCACACUAGAAUGAAGGGCCCCUCCUCUGCUGCUGCGGCCACUCAAGAGGUAAAUAUGGCGACGAAGCGUAGAUCAGGUCUGAGGCUCGAUUCCACAGUGGUUACCCAGAUGUUCUUUGUCCUAUGCUCGUUGCAGAUCCAGCGUCAUCUUUUUUCAUUCAACUUAAGAUUUACCCUCUGUCAUAUCGUUUGUCAACUUGUCAGAUUUAGUUAUUUCUGCAUAACAUAACAGAACUCUCAAUUUUUUUAAAAAGACCGCGUUGCUAUUUUAUUUAAACUCUUUUGCAAUUUGUCAUUUCGGCAUCUGGAAUGAGGAUAGUUUUUGAGGUUUUAGUUUACGGUAAGAAUUACGGAAAAGUAGAACUCCGUCUCUGCGAAGACAAACGAAAAAAAUUGUACCCGAAAGUUUUUUCUUGCCGCUUGUUGUUCGCGGGUAGGAACAGUAUUUAUAGUAGCAGUAAAGGCGGUUGAAAAUUAAUGUACAGUGUGGGCGUUCAUGUAUGUCCGAUGAUGGAUUGCUUCCACAGACACCUGGCAGCGAGUUCGGUAAUGACUCUGAUAUGAACAUGCAUGCUCCCCGCGGUCUGUCCAGUCGAGUAUCAGUGACAAGUCAUGGCAGUGGUGGAGGCUUCAGCGUCAAGGAUGGAGCUGGUGGAAGCCACAAGACAAGGAAGACGUCGAUCGCUGGAUCAGCUACUUUCUCUCACUCCCUCAUGAAUUUAACUCAGGUGACGAUUCUUGGCAGAUUUUAGUUUGCAAAGGAUUUAGCGAGAGAGUUUGUGAGAGUCGCUUUAAGGGGUAUAAGGGGGCGUAACAGUACACAACCAAUCAGAGAAGGGCAUAUUUUACCGAAAGUACAGGGUAUAUUGUACCGCCCGUUGUGGUUUUUAUUCAUGCGUUCUCGGGCAAUGCUCUCACGUAUUAUCCAAAUACACUAAGUAGAGUACAGAUAGAGCGCGAGUCGAGUACAAACAUCACGCGAUAUUGGGUAGUUAGUUAGUUUGUACUGUAAAAGAAACCUGUUUAACCGGUCGGCUGCACUCGCUACGCUUGUCUAUUUGCUUCGCUUUUUCCUCAUAAGAAGUGCAUUUAAAAUUAAGCGGUGGAAUUAUAAAUAACUUAUUAGUCGUUUUAGUGUAUAGUAUUGCUGAGUAUUUUCACUCGUUGUUUGUAUUUUAAAAAAAAUACGGCGUCAACUAGUUUGAGAGUACCUAUUAUUUGACUCAAGCUACAAUCUUUUCAUACAACAGUGUUUCAUUUUUCUUACACCAAAUGUGAUCUCCACAGGACACAGGCCCAAUUUGUUUACUGGAUAAGUGUGAACCAAUUUUUGAAGAACUCGAAGAUCAUCAGGUAUUUUGAGUAUGGUGAUGUCUGUUACACACUUUUCGCUGAAAUGGACGUUAGGUUACUUAAUGUCAUCAUCCAAUUUAAAAAUUGGGAAUUUGGCUGAAAUUUCCUUAAAAAUGAAAGUAUAAGAAUUAGUGACGUGGAUUUCUUCCGUUUUGUGCAGGUGUCCCUUCAGAGCAUGCUCAGUGGUAGUGCCGCCGGCUCAUUUGCAGACGACAUCAUGAAAUGGCAGAAGCGAUUGCAGACAAUAGAAGCUGUGCUGAGUGUUUGGCUUGAAGUACAGGAAAAAUGGAUAGAACUGGAGGAUGUACGUAUAGAUUUCUGCUCGUGAAAUAGUAAAUGUUAUAACUUAUAAGCUUGUAGAAGCUUUUAUAGGCGUCGAUUAUUACAACACUUGAAAUAAUAUGACAGUUUUCUAAAAAGAGGCUUAUCAAACUAAUUAGAGAGCUUUUUUCGUGUUGUAUAGAACUGACUGUUUAGCUUUGAACAGCACUUGUUCCCUUGAUGUGUAAUGUCUUCACGCAAGUCUUUGGUUAUUAAUGAAAUAAAUGUUAAUUUGACCAACGGAUGAACUGCAAGUGAAGAAAUGAUCCUGCCAAGUGAGGUGCAAUUUAGCUCUUUGACUUCCGCGAGUGACCAAGACAGAAUUUCUCCUUACUGUAUCGGUACAAUAUCAUGCAAACAAGUAAUGAGAAUAAAGGAAAAAAAUCAAUCAUGGGAUUACUAAUUGAUCCGAUACCAAACUCUCCAAACCAACAUGAUGAGAAUCGUUUGACAGACAGUAAGGAGAACUACUAAUGAAAUCUUGAGAGGGUUAAACAAUUUCCGAAAAGAAACCUGAAUACUCCGAAACGGUGCCUUUUUCGGGCUUCUUUUCUGCAAUAUCUAAACUGCAGCUUACCUGCGAAGAUCAUUUCCUCACUCGUCUCUGGUUAGUUAAGUGUCCUGCACAGUUCUGAUGUAGUUAAACUUCUGUGUAGGUCUUCUCCAGUUUGGAUCUCCGCAUCGCUAUGCCUCAUGAAACGAACCUAUUUUCUGCUGUGAAUCGCGACUUCAGAAUCUUGAUGAAAGUCACAGAGAAAAAUCCAAACGUGCUACAGGCAUGCUCGAGGAUAAGUAAGUGGACAGCGGUAUUAAAUCGUACCCCAGCCUGGUGGUAAUACUAUUACCGUUACUUAUUUACAAAUUGUUUUUCCCAAGAGGUUGGUUAGCUUGUGGUCAUUUAUAUGUUAAGUUAAAAGUUUCAAGGGCAGAUGAAAUUCCAAACGACAAGAGUCUUUUAAGAUAACGACUCUGUGAACUUGAGCUGGAGGUUUUCGCGAACAAACUCGGAUUAUUGUCCAGGGAAAGGUUGUAACAUAUUAUAAGAGGAUGAUGCCCAGUUUCUCCAACUUUCUUGUUCAAUAUUCAUUUCCACUUCAGUAUGGAAGCUGGCAGACAAUUAAAAUUCUGCGACAACCAAAUUUCAUACUUCCCCCUUUCCCCCAUGGGACAUUUUUUGUUCUCUUUGAGGGAGCAAUGUGUUGGUUUUAAAGGCACAAGUAUUUCAUAAAUGAUAAACCAUUUCUACUCCCGUUAUAUUGGUGGUUCAUAUUUCUUGCAGAUAUUCAAGCCAAACUAGAGAAGUUGAACAUGAAUCUUCAGCAGUGUUGGAAAUCUCUUUUAAAUCAUCUUGAACGAAGGCGCCAGAAAUUUCCGCGCUUUUACUUCCUCUCUACUGAAGAUGUACUUCAUAUUGUAUGCAACGGUGUGUCAUUGUUGAUCAUUUUUAUGCUUCGUUUUGUUUGUACAAUAAGUGAUUUAAUUACUCUUGUGAUUGACUGUUGCUGCUUCUCCGUUCCCAAGGUUACGAUCCAGGCCUCGUGAAUCCAUAUUUACCGAAAGUUUUGGAAAACCUUGGUGCCCUUGUUUACGAGGAGAUUGAAAACGAAGGACAAGUUUAUUUUAGCAUCACCGCUGUGGUCAGUUCUCAUGGAGAAAAACUUGCUCUUAAACAGGUGAGUAACCCCAAAGUAAUUGGUAUCUCAGUGAUGGGUAGAUUUAGUCAAUAAAGCACCAUAAGCAGGUAAAAUUCGUCUUGAGGUCUCCCUGAGAUUUUAAUGAAAUAUUGCCUAUUUCUAACAAACGCUUUUUGCUUAAUUUCCGUACAUAUAUACAUACAUACGUAAACUUUAUUUAGACUCGAAUUUGAAUGUUGCUAAAAAGCUAACGUCUUCGGGUUAAAUAUAAUAAAAUAGAAUGAAAAUACAAAUUUUGAUAAGAAUAUUAAAUUUACAUGCCUAUCAAUUAAUACAUUAAUAAAAUAAUUUAAUACAAUAAAAUACGAUGUAAUUUACAAUCGAUAUAAAAAUACAUGCUUGUGAUAUCAAAUGUUAACUGACAAACUAAGAAUUCGUAUAAAUCCUCGCAAGCUCUCAGGCCAUCAGGUAGGGAUAAAGGGGUAAGUUUCUAAAGAAACUGUGGUGCUGCGUCGGUGGGAGAGUAUAGCAGGUAAUUUAGUGUUAACAACUGGGUUGAAAACGUAAAUUAGCCACCGUAAAGGGUAAAAAAGCUGACGUUUUGAGCGUUAGCCCUUAGUCAGAGGUAGGGAAUUCCUUAGUUUAACAGCUGAAUAAUUAAAAGAAUGUAGACCACAUACUCGGCUUAGAAAGUGACAGGAUGUGGUGACCACGUAGGUUGUAAUUUGCAGCGCGGGGAGGAAACAUGGUCGUCAUAUAGUACGGGUAGUUUUCUACAAACAAGCUCCGUGGAACAGAAUGGUCUUCCCUUCGGCAAGACGCCCUGUCCUCACAUUGGCUCUCUAAUGCUAAUGAGAAAAAAACCCAGGAGUAUAAACUGAUGACAGUAAGAUGUGAGGAACACUGGACGAAUUGCCGCGGGGCUAUAUGCGUUGGACUGGGACUAGUAUCAUAAAGAGUAGGAAAAGCAAUACGCUGUGUCGCUUCGUGACGCUGAAAUUGGGAUAAACUCCCAUAUUAACCUUUUCACUCUAACAUCAUAAUGCAUAUUCUCCAUACUGUUUCCUAACGGGCUGACAAGGAGAAUUGGUUUAACAAUCAAGAGCUUCAUUAGUCAGUGAACAUUUUCUUCAUUCUCAUGAUCUUAAUGUUCGAUUCAGGGGUAAUCUUGUAAGGAGAAGUUAGAUGCCAGUCACUCGUAGGGGUUGAGGGGUUAGUUGACCAUUGGGCCCUUGACUCUUAAGUAUUUCUGAAAUGCGUGUAAUCUGGCGCUAAUCACUGUAUCAUUUCAUUCCAGUCCGUGCUAUGUGAAGGUGCAAUUGAUAGCUGGCUCCCUGGAUUGAUCGGUUCUCUGAAGCAAACACUCUUGGAUCAACUCACAUCAGUGCUUUCUCCUGCCCCACUUGUAAGUAACGAAGCCCAGCCUGACAACGCUGAGGGUGCAGCCCAGCUUGACGAGCCCCCCCGGACAGCUGGAAGUAUGAGCAGAGUGGAGAGAUCGUUCACUCUGGACAAUUGUUCUGAAGUGAUUUUGUUGGCGACGCAAAUUGAGUUGUGCAAAAAGAUCGAUAAGUCACUGAAACAGGUAUAAUGUUUACUUUAUGUGGUGCUGGUAACUUGACUUUAUUUCUUCAUUCGGAGAGAGAGACUACUGGUGAUGACUGAAAGCUCGAUAAUGUGAUGCGAACAAAAUGUUUGAGCAGCUCAUCCCGAGUUUCUGUCGCUUAGUGGUGAUGCUUCAGAUCCCCGAAAGGAAUGUUAUGGCUUUAAGUUCUUUUUAGAGACUCACAUAUCUCUUCGUCCGCACAUUCGGGUCAGAUUUUUACCGUAGAUGUGUAGUAAAUAUCUUUGCCAGACUGUUUUUGACUUCUGUUUGGUAUCACAGGCAAUGUUUGUUGCAAGUUGCUUUUUUUUAUUUUUAUAAUUAUUAUUAUUGUUAUACAUUUACUGAUCGAAAAUUACUCAGUAACUUACUUUGAAUAUUUUAAAUAUAUUGUCAUCCCAGGUGGCAAGCGGCGAGAACAAAGAAGCCCUAGGCGAAGUCUAUGACAAGCUAACCACGAUUUUAGAAGCCACAGCGAUGAUGCUUAAAGGUGUCGAUAAGGAAGGCCAGCCACAGGGAGCUGACGCUGGAUACGACAGUGGCGUGAACAGUGAUAAUGACCCGGAAGAAGCAGCUAUGAAAAAGAUGAGUCGUAACACUAGUGCCAGUCAAGACCGGCCUGGUACAGGUGUGGCACAAAACGACGAAGAAGUCUCGAACAUUUCCGGUGUGUCGCAAAAACAGAGGGUGCCACCUGAACCGGAUGAAGCAAAACCUCAAGGCGUGAAUAACAAGAUGCUGCUAUUUCCGAGCCAGAUUCAGAAGAUCAGUAACAUCAUCGCCAUGUUAUCACACAAGAGAAACUUGGUUCAGAGACUGAUCGAACACAGACAAGAGUGGGAGGCACUUAAGAACCCAGAAGACAGUUUUGAUUGGCAGUGCCACGCGCGUUGCCGCUGGGAAGAAGAACAGCAGGCUUUCAAAGUCGACAUUUUGGACAUGGAAUUUGAUUACGGAUUCGAAUACCAGGGCACCACAUCGAGACUGGUUCUCAGUCCUCUUACGGAUAAGUGUUUUGUGGGUCUAGCUCAAGCAGUCAAGACACGAAUGGUUGGAGUUUUUACGGGCGAGUUCGUAAGUAUUAAAAUUCUCUCGUUGUAUUUGCAGAUUAAUUGUCCACGAUGUUUACUGCCUGCCACGUUAGAUCAAGACGGCAAGCGGUUAACCCCAGUGACAAAUAGUGGACCAAAAACAGCAUGAAAUUGUCGUUAAAUAGCAAGGGUACAAUUGUGGUACACCCAGUGGCUUUGUAGAUGGUGCACUUGAUACCGGAUUUAGGCUUACAGCUGGUGAACAGGCGGGAAAACAGGACAAAAUUCUGUAGGGCAUGCUGCCAGGAGCAAUAAGCUGCCACAGUGAGGCUAGUCAAUGUCAGGUCCUUUGAAUUAGCGUAGUGACUAAUAUACUUCCUUAAGUGGUUCAAGUGCCGGUUUUCUCUCUUUAGGGAGCUGGAAAGACAGAAACCAUCACUGAACUGGCCAGGAUUCUAGGCAGUCCGCUGUACACAUUCAAUUGCUCCACGCCAAUGAACAGAAGUACUCUUAUCGACAUCUUCAGAGGUCUUGCCUGUUCUGGUAUGUUUAGUGCGUGUUGUGAGUAGGUAGAGUGGAACUGAGAAUAUAGACAGAACAUAACAAGAAAUUAUGUAACCUUUUUCUAACUUCCAGGGCUCGUUUACAUACUGCUGUUCCUUUAUGUGCGGCUGUAGUGUUCAACACAGGCAUCUCCAACAUUAUUCGGAAACAUUUUGUACACAACAUUUUUCCCCGACAUGUGUUUCUUGAGCUGCCUUUUCCUUCUUUUAAAGCGGGUUUAAAACGAAAUGUGAUUUCAAUUCGAUUAAUUCCUUGAUUUAUUUUGGAAAUAUUUACAUCUCAGUUUUUGUUGUUCAUUUUCAUUCCAACUGGCGACUCCUUACAACUCUUCAGCCCAAAAUACAAUUUAACCCUUUAACUCCCAGAGAAGAGUAAUAUAUAACUUCUACAUAUAAUAUCCAUACGUUAUCUAGCAAACGGGUCAUGAGAAUACUCAAGCCUAUCAGAUAGAAGUUGUUAUCUUGAUUUAACGCAAAAUUCUCGUACCUAGUUUACAAGGAAAUGUGUAUCAGCUAGAGGGGAGAAUUAACAAUCAGAUUUUUGGAGUUAAAGGGUUCAAGAAAGCUUCAGACGAUAACGCCUGGUGAUCCUUUAAGAUUAUGUGGUCAUCGCACGUGACAUCCUUUUGAAUAACUAGGCUCGCUGUUUAUUUAGUUUUCUUUAUCAUCUUCUUUUCUUUAUCAUUAGGUGCAUGGAUUUGCCUUAAUAACAUUUCGACCAUUCAGCCGCCCGUUUUGUCUGUUUUAACACAACUUGUGACAGUAGUUCUUGAUGGUUUGAAAGCAAGCAAGUCCACGGUUGUUCUUCACAACGAUGAGAUAACACUGGUGCCUCAAGGCGCCUGCUUUGGAACACUGAAUUACUCUGCUGACCAGCACAAAACGGAAUACGAUCCAUCGGUGGGUUUUUUCCCGUCCUUCAAGUCAUCCGCCACUUUUCUUCCUGUAGAUCUGUGGGAAAAGUUCCGCCCUGUGGAACUCGUUGGUCCUGAUCUGCAGGUCAUUAUUCAGGUGUGGCUGUUAAGCCAGGGCUUCACGCAGGUGUCCUCUCUGGCAUCCAAGAUUGUGACCCUAAGGAACCUUUGUCUGCAGCUACUUCCGAGCUCCUCUAAACCUCUCCCAGCAGACCUCUGUUUAUGUCUUCAAAAGUGUGUCGGCUGGGGAGCUUAUGCUUUGAAAAGAAUGAUUGAGGAUGCAGGAUCUCAUUUAGGGACAAGUUCUGAAGAGGUUCACGUGUUAGCUACGAAUAAAGGACCCUUGAACGAGGGGGAAGAUGUCUCAGAACGUGCAGAGUCUCCGACUGAAGCUGUUGAUGCUGUGAAUGUACCACUCGAAGCACUCAGACACGAUGGUAAGUUGUGUCAUAACUGAAUUUGUCAGUGUUCAAAUUGCAGGCUUUUGUUCCCAACGUAAACCCCAGAGCCUUUUCCCUCCUUUGCAGCUGGUUAAGAACGAGUGCAACUCCUAUCAUGUUUUAAAUAUUUUUUAUGAUACUAUGUUGUCUUGGGUUUGUUCUUCAAUUAGAACUUCUGGGACCAAUGGAAAACCAGGAUGCAUCCAAUGUGCAAGACGAGCAAGAGAUACUAAAACUUGAGGAACGUGCCGUUGUACUUGCCUUGCGAGACGCAUUUAUGCCUGGUUUGGACGGGAGUGAUGCCGUCAUGUUCGCCACUCUGUUAGCAGAUCUGUUCCCCAACGUUCAGGUUCCAAUGAUCUUUGAAAGUUACGGCUCGGAAGGGACUAAGAUGCAAAUGAAUGAGCAAGUGAGCAACUUAGAGGAGAUUCCUGUGCUCUCCAAGACUGGUGAACUUGGUGUAAAUAAUACGGAAGGUGCGUAGAUAAUCUAAUGUGGCAAAUCAAAUAAUCUAGUUGUGGCAGUCAAAUAUAUUAGAUAGAGAUCACCAAUAUCUUAGCGAUUGAACUUUUAACUGAAUGCCACAACUAUUUCAUUAUAUUCAUCACACUCAUUUUCUCUUUAUUUUUAUUUAUUUACUUGUCACAGCAUGAAUUUAUAUGGGAUAAAAAUGGAAUUGUAGUUUUUAUUGAUUAUAUGUUGACUGGACUAACUCAUGUAAUAUAAGGAGGGCCAGGGGUUUGUCAGUCUAUGACUGUAAAGUGUUUACCCUCGUUAAAUUUAUUUGUUUAUUUAUUUAUUUGUAUAUUUAUUUACACAAAAAAUGAAAUAAAUUAAACAAGAGGAAAGAGUCGAAGGAUAUUAUUUGUCCAGCACGUAGCCAACUACAAGUACAUUGGCUACGAUGUGGAAUACUUUGAACCCCAAGAAUUCAUUGUCAGAGUAAUAUCAUACGGUUGGAAUCAAAGAACAUUAAACUAACGUACAAACUCCUAAAUACAUACGUUGGCUCUAAAUUGAUAAGUUUUGUCUUGUGUUUUCAGUGCUGAGUGAUAUGCAAUCUGCUAUACAAGUGGCUACGAGCAAACUUGGUCUGCAGCCCGGUGCUGCUUUUCAAGCCAGAGUGGCUCAGUUGGCCGAGCUUGUCAAAGCGCACAAGCUGGUGAGUUAUACUUUUUAAUAUUUGUUGGUUCGUGAUGAUUUGAAUCGGUUGGACCAAGCUUGUGCGCGUUCUUCUACUACUCUCUUCCUGCGUCACCAUGUCUGUAUUUUCAGUUGAAACAUUUAUCCUAACAUUUUAAUAUUUGUUAUUUGCAAUCUUUUUUAAUCUUCUCCAUCCUUAAUUUUACACUUUUCGUUUUGGUUUCUCGUUAGUGCUCGUUUUCGCCAGGAAUCUAUUAUUGUUAGGCACAUUUGGUAAUAAAUGAAGAAGGGUGGUAAAUGUUUUAAGCUCGGUCGUCUAAUAAAGAAAGACGUGAUUCAUUUGUCACGAGCAUGUGACGACGAGGAUUCCAACCUCACACCUUUAUAUAUAGCGUUUCGAUGCUUUAACAUUGAGCUACAGACGACUGUAGCGAACUCUUUCGUGACGAUGAAGCAAUCGCGGAAAAUACUGCGUACACAACUAUACAAAUGUACAUAAUUUUCACUUUAUUUCAGCGCCAGACAUUAUGACUUACCUGCUUUAAAUCCUCCUAGAGUCAAAUAAAGCCGUCACAAACUAAUCUGUGUCAAUUUGACCACUUGGCUAGCUACUCACAAGCAAAAAGAUCAAACUAAGAUCACUAUAGCAAAGACACAAACUUGUUUAAUAAACCUUCUUGUUAUCUCAGGUGUGUAUAACUGGACCAAGUGGGUGUGGGAAGACCGAGUGCAUCAGGACCUUGGGUGCGGCUCACAGAGAGAUGGGACACUUGGUGAAGACAGACAUAGUGUGCACAGAGGCUGUAGAGUCUGAGGAGCUACUCGGAUAUGUAGACCCUGAAACUAGGUGUGUAACGGAGGGAGGGGGGGGGAGAGGGAAGGGGGAAUGGAUGAUUGCGAUAGUGAAACCCAUUAAACGUGGUUGGCUUGUCGUUUCAUAAAGUUUUCGAUGCACGGCGUAGUACCCAGUUAAGGCGAAAGCUUGGCACAGUUCCAUUGUACUCUUGAAACGAUACAGAGUGCGUUUGUUUCAGCGAUGUUCUCGCUUAACUCUUACAUCUUUGUUUCUUUGAUCUUUCGUUGCAAAGAGAAUAAAUCUAGACCUACAAUGUAGGUUUAGAUUUUCAAAAACAUCACUGGUAUACAACAGCUCUUUUCAAAGUUAGAUACCUUCUGGAAGAACGGAAUUCUAGAAAUAAGGUAAACACUCUUUUAUUUUUUUUUAUCCAGGGAAUGGCGAGAUGGUGUAUUGACUGUGUUACUUAGACGACAGGCUCAGCAACUUCGUCUCCAGGAGACAGAGAGCAAAUCUGCGGGAAAGCCUUUGAUGAAAUGGCUUCACUUGGACGGGACGGUAAUGUACCCACCAUGAAUUAUUAAGUUAUUUCAACAGAACUAUUACUUACCAACGAUUUGUUUAAUUUCUUCUUACUGCAGAUCGAUCCAUUGCAAAUGGAAUUGUUUGGUUCAGUCGUACAGAAUACAGGUUAGUGUUUCCGGUCGUUGAUUUGCUGCGAUGAGGCAAUCGAGCAAUUUGAUUUUCAACUGUGUGUCUCCACCUGUCCAGGAUUGUAUUAAUGUUGCUCUAUUAUGUUCUGUGAUUGAUUUAAGAAACUUGCACCAAACCCUCGGCCAACCUGAUCCCAAACGAAGACCAAUAGCGACUUGGUCUCUCACCUUUCCCUGAACAUCAGGCAGCUUGCUCCUUUUAGUUAUUUCCUUUACCUCUUUGUUACAUUUUCCUCUUUUCCAUAUGACUUUUUGCAAUACUUUGGUUGUUUUUUUUACAACAAUCAAUUGAAACGCGCUCUCUGCACAGUUCGAGCUUUAUUUAUGUGAUUUUAUCAACUUGUUUGAACUUCGACGUUUUAGUUUGUGGAAAUAUUUUAGAAUAAUUCCUCAAGAUCAUCAUCAGUAAUUAUUCAUCUAUAUUUAUUUACAGGAACAGUAGUUAUUGGUAACAACGAACGAAUUAAAAUUCCAGAUGCUUUGCUUAUCGUUUGGGAAGUAAGAAUGUUUUUUAAGUUUUAUUUUCAGUCAACAACUCUUGAUUAAUACUCGUGAAAACCAAAUUAGACUUUGUUAUUAAAUAUCCCUUUGAAUUUCCAUUAAAGCUGGAAACUCUAGAGAAUCUCAGUCCAGCGGUACUCUCCUCCGUGGGCAUGCUCUGUAUGAACACUUCCGAUGUCAAUUGGCCACUUUUGGUUGACCGUUGGCUCGCCAAACGCUCCGAACGCGAGGCAGAUCCGUUGAGAGAGCUUUGUGAUCGCUAUAUUGGUCCAACAUUGGCGUACCUGGCAUCCAAAACAUCGGUCCCACCUAUUUCAGGAGUACCGCCAACACAAAACAAGCCUUCAAAGUUGCGUCACGUGGUACCUGUAAGCGAGAUGGGUAUGGUGAACACUUUGCUGACUUUAGUAGAGGUAGGCCUGUGAGUUGUGUGCAUUGGUAAAAUUUUUUAUUAUCAGGUUGGGAAAUAAGAACUUUGUGGUACUUUAUUUUUAAAGUAUAUCCCUGUGGUUCAGUAUGAAGAGCCAUCGAGAAUUGGUACUCUUGGUGGACAGGAUGUUAGUACGGUUGUAAAGUAUUCGUAGCACCUCAUUGGUACACAUCGUACUGGGGAGAAAGGGGCACUGUGAAAGAUAAAGGAAAUUUUCCUUUGUACAAAACUAGCAAAUCAAGUCACGGUAUAAAUUUAUUUUAAAGGAUUGACCUGAAUCACAUAUGUUGAUCGAUCUUGAUAGCAAUAACAUACCGAGAACUCUGUUUUGUUCCUCUCACAGUUAGCCUUCAUUGAAAUUAUAAUCUAGAAGAGUCUUUUCCAGGGGUUUAGAUUUGAAGCCCAGAGCUUCCAGUGUGUAUGAGGAUUGACAGCGAGAAAUUUAUAGUUUCACUUCAGCUACUUUCGGCAUGUCGAUCUGUAUUUUGUAGGCAAUCAUGUCAAACUAUUCAGACUUGAUGCUACCAGAGCUUGAAAAUUAUUUCUGCUACUCUGCCAUGUGGGCGUUUGGUGGCACGUUAGUGGAAGAACAUCGUCCAUUUUUCAGUCAGUGGUGGAGAGAAAAGUGGAAAGAUUAUGUGAUGCUCCCUGGAGACGAAGAGGUUGGUGAUCAAUUUAUUCGUGCUCACCCCCUAAGUAGUAACAACUACUAAACUCAACAAGAGCCUGGGAAAUAACUUUAAAUUGAUAAGAAAUGGAGGCAGCAGCAACACAUACGUAUAUUUUACCUAUUUAUGCAAGUUCUAAGAAUUCUUCAAAUCAUUCCCCUUCGCAGCGUAUGAGUUUAAUUCACUCACCCCGUUAAAUUAAUGCAUUGUUGAGGUUAGAUAUGUUAGAAGUUACCGAAACGAGGGCUUCGGAGAGAACUUUGUAUUGAUAAGCAGUGGAGGCACUGGCCACACUUUCAUGUAUUAGGGCUGUUUAUGCAAGCUCUCAGAAUUUGUUACCAUCAAACACGCUCAGUAUUUCAAGUCGCCCCACUAGGCUCAGUGUGAAAGUUAUUUUCUUACCCAUUUGAAGUUAUGCACUUUUGAGGUUAGCUGUAACCGAAAUUUUCGACAGCCAUUAUGUUAACUUUUAACGUUUAACGUUUGUCUUUCAGGGCUGCUAACUUGUUAGUUCACUUUUUAAUCAUUUUAUUUUUUCAUCUUCAACAUCCAGCGCCACCUCCAAUGUUGCCCUAGUGUGCUUUCUGCGGCUGCACAGAGCAUAUUUGCCUUCCUGUCAUUGGUCUGAACCAAAUAUAGCAAAUACCUGAUAAACUCUCAUUAGUGGCGUACUCUCUUUGUUCUAACAGGUGUGGAAUUACUACGUGUUUCCCGAGACUCACGAAUUCCUCAGCUGGGCCGACUCAGUUCCUCCUUACUCACAGACAGCAGCUGAAGGCAUUCCUAAUGAAGCAUAUGUUCACACGAUACAGAAUGAGGUCAGAAUUAUGCUCAUUUUGUCUUAUUUAGGCUAAAUAGGAAUUUUGGUCCACAUCAAAUUGCGUACAGUUUUAAAGAAUUUAACUCCUUAAUUUGUUAACAGCGUAUUUCUCACCUUGUUGGUUUGCUGAGCGAUGGCGGAAAACCGGUUUUACUGGUUGGCGAAGCCGGUUGCGGAAAGACAUCCAUCUUACGUCAUCGAAUCAAACAACACGGUGGAGAUAUUGGUGAGGUUUUAAGCUUGACAGUGUUUUGUAAUAAGUUCACCACAUCCAGAAGCUUGUGGAAAGAACUGUCAUCUUGCCUGGAAUGGAAACACGCCAGAACUUUCGUACCGAAAGGAAACAAGAGGUUAACUUGUCUGAUUGACGAUCUUAAUCUGAGCAGGGUAAGUUAACCACUAUAUUUGGGAAUUUCUGAACUUUCAGUAUAGGUCCAUCUGAAGACUGCAGCCGUGUGAUUUAGGAGAUCCAAAAUUUAGUGACUAGGUUAAAAAAAAUCGUCACAGAGACAUUUCUAGACUUAUUCGGCCAUACUCCGCCCUUGAAUCAUGCUAUUGGGCCUGUUAAAACUCUAUUUUGUCGUUGUCCCCCAUAACGUCAGUGUUAGCCUUUUUCUUUUACGUUGCCGUUUUUUCGUGAAGUUGCAAUGGGAAACUCUUGCUUGAUUUAGUUAUUAGCAUAAAGAAACGCAAAUUUCCCUUAAAUCAUUUGAAAGCUCGUAAUCUUCGUUAUUUUGUUUCGUCUCGUAGGCAAACAAUUUUGGUGCCCAGACCGCUCAGCAGUUAGUUCGCCAACACAUUGAUCAUGGCGGUGUUAUUGACCCGGAAACCAACCAAUGGCGGGAAAUACAUGACGUCACUUACCUGUCAUCAUACAAUCCAAAAACUCCGCCUACAACAGCUCGACUAAACAGGCGACUGUUGCGUCACUUUGCGCUGUUCAACGUCACGUUCCCUAAGUAAGUAGUUUAGAGGGGUUUCAGAUUAACUGCGCUGUAAUCAUGACGAGAUAAGCCCCAGUGAAAAGCCUCAUGAAGAUUACCUCCGUCUUCGUGUCAAGUCCCUAUAUUAGGUGUGUUAAAUACCAGUGAUCUUGAAAAGAAGACGAAGCCCUAAUCUCUGGUUUUCUUGGUUAAUAGCAUCGUAACAUUUGAGCCUAACGUUAUGAAUUUUAAUUUCCUCUUUUAGCCAAGAUGAACUGCACCAUAUCUACACUCAACAGCUUGAGAAACACUUUAUAAUUCAUGUAACUCAGUCCCAGCACACAACUAACGACAAUGCGUCACAAGAAGCUGCUGAGGGUCAUUCCCAACACCACGGGACCGGUGACCACGACAAGGCCAUCCGGGAUCUAUUGUCUGACGUUAGUCACGUGACGGUAGAGCUCCAGGAUCACCUGCGGGGCAUGUUUCUGCCCACGUCACAGAGAUGUCACUACAUGUUUACCAUGACGGAUUUGACCAUGGUGUUCAGGUGUGGAAUUAUAGAGACUCUCCUGUAGAAGGAUAGAUCGAACUAAGGGACUGAGUCUCUUUUUGUCUAAAAGGAAAACCGGAGUAACCUCCACGGCCAAGGAAAUUUCUAAAGGGGCCAGUGAACACAUAAAGUAAAAACACGCAAUUUUUUUGAAGCGCGGGAGGACGCAUGUGACUAAAUGACGUUUGGUUUUAGUUCUGUAUCUGAUUGAUUGAGAGAAUUGCGCAAGUUUUCUUGCCCAAUCACGAUGCAAAGGAAAAAAACAAAAUCUCAUGUUAGAUUUCCGUUUUCAGAAAUUCUGGGAGGACCUUGAAAUAACUAAAACGUAAAGAACGUUGUUAUUCGUUUUUUCAUGAGCGAGAGAGAAAGACUGAAUCUGAGGCCCCCUGUGGAUUCACACCCUAGAACUUGGACUCCCCAUUAUUGCCCCACGCGCAUCACAAGGCGGUAGACAUCCUUUCCUUUUCUUAACUUCGCUCAAAAUUUGCUAAAAAAAUACAUAUUUGGUAACUUAGCUUAAGUGGAAAACCCGUACGGCCUUAGUAGAAAUUAAAAUUGCGGAAAAAAGUUCUUAAAUUUCUUAGGUUUGUUUUAUCUUAACUUCCUUUUCGAUUCUGUUCAGAAACCUUUGCCUUACAUUACGCCCGGGUUGCGCUUCUCAAGACCUCUUGUUACUAUGGAAACAUGAAUGUGACUGGAUCUACGGGCGCCGUUUGAUUGACUCAGUCGACAAGGAGAGAUUUCAACAGACAUUCCUGAAUGCUGCUAAAAAACGCUUUACAGAGGACGAACAGGUAUGUAUGAAAGUUUUUGUACGCCAUGAAUAGAUUAGUUCAUGUAUUUAGUUCUUUUUGUUGAUAUGUAUGAAUGGUUUCUGUUUUUUUUGUGGAGUUUACAGACUUUGUUCUCGUAUCGAUCCCAAUUUGAAUAUUUUUGCUCGUGUCUAUUCGGUUUUCUUUCAUAAUUCCACUCGGUCAUUCUUUAUUUCAUGUUCGUUUGUUCGACUGGUCGGUCGGUCCUUCGGUCCUUCUCCGGCGCAUUCGCGCGUUCGUUCUUUAGUCUGUGCUUCAUUUUGCAAUAUGUACUCUUAAAUCUGUCGAUUGCCUCUACUUUCUUUUAGCUGUCGAUUGUGACCAGCCCCACGCCUUUCUUCACGAACCUAGUGGAUUCUGAAGAAAGCACGGGUGAGGUGAUUGGUGCUGGAUCGUCGGAAGGUGCCGAAGAUGACGUACAUUUGUCGUAUAGAAAUGUCUCCGAUAUGGCAAAGGUGGGUUAUCCUUUCAUGAAUAGGCGAGAGGAGUGUUGUAAGCUUGAACUCUAGUUCUCUGCAAAGUACAUUCGGUCGCUAUGGGAUGAUUAAUUAUUGAUGAAAUAGCAUAUCUACGAAGUGACCUUCUUUCUUCUCAAGUAAAGAAAUGAUCCUCGCGGAUGGACUGCAAUUGAAGCAAUUGCAGCAAAGAAGCCUGAAAAAAUUCCGGCUUCGACGGGAUUCGAACCCAUGCCUCUCAGGUAAUACUGGGCUAAGAAGAAACGUGGGGAGUUUCUGAGUUAAGAGUGUUUAAGUCUGAAUUUGGAGUGGUGGUUUUUGUGGAGGGGUAAAACUAGACAACUGAAAGGAAGCCUUCAUAGCAAGGUCGAAAAUCAACAACCAACUCAGCCCACAAGUGACCCCAGGCUCAGGACCCAAACCAUUACGCUUAACUUGUUACCUUAGAAAGAAACCGAGGAUGUCGCUAUUGGUUAGCUUUCUAUGUUUCUGCUAAAUGAGAUUUAUCAAUGUUCUCAACGGCAUUUUUUUUGCGUUGUUUAGGUUCAAGCUGUGUUGGAGCACGGGAUUGAAGAAUAUAACAAGGACUUUCCAAGACUUAAAAUUACUCUUUAUGAGGUGAAGUUCCCUUUUAGAUGCAUCUUUUGUCUCUCUGCCUAAUUCACAAUGACUGGUUAUAUCAAUGCAGAAGGCUUUAGUAGGAAAUUUUGAAUGUUAAAUAUUUUUCAAAGUCUUCUUCUUUAAUCACGCACUCUUUCUUCAUUAGCCAUUAUUAGGCAUGGAAAGUAAUUGGUAGUGACUGUCAAGUUUUUCUCGUUGACAGGAUGUGAUGGAAACCAUCUGCCGCCUGGUCAGAGUUCUCCAGAGCCCCCAUGAAUGUGGUCACGCCCUGUUGAUAUCACAGGGUUCUCCUGGUAUGAGUACAAACUUGGCCCAGCUCGCAGCUCAUCUGUGUGGUUACUCUGUGUUCAGAAUCAACUCCUCAGCUCUGACGACCUCUGAAAGAUACACACUGGACAGUUUCAAGGGAGAUUUGGUGUCGGCCUACACAAGGGCAGGUGUCAAGGUGAUCAUCAGCUACCAGUUCAAUUCAAUACCAACAUUGAAAUCGCCACGCUAAGAGUUCAGAAUUUCUAACCAAAAUAACCCUUUUUAAUGCCUUUUGUAGGGUGAACAUUUAAUGCUGUUGUUACCGGAGUCAGAUUUGACUGACGAAGACUUCCUUGUUCAUGUAAGCGAGUUCCUAGUGUCCUCCUCAAUAUCGCAUCUCUUUACCGAGGAAGAACAGACGUCAGUUAUCAACGCUGUCAGAACUGAAGUCACGCAGGCCGGUCUGGCGUACACACGAGAUGUCGCUUGGGAUUUCUUCCUCAAGUAAGCUCUACGCUGCUUUUUUUGUGUCUCGAAACAUGUUUUGGGAAGUGUAUCUCGUUAAGAUCUCAAUGUUACUGGUUGUGAACCGAUGUUUAAAGAAUCUUUACAGAUAGUCAGAACUGCCAGGAUUGAUCCUAUGACAUCGCGGUGUGAUGCUUAAACAAACUCAGCUAUGAAGGCCAAAGCGUCCAUGGGAUAAAAUAGAACAUUUCAUCGAAAACGCGAUACCAGCUGCUGUUCUAACCUGAAAUACUUUAACUUCUCUUCCCCAGGACCGUCAGAGAAAACCUCCGUGUUAUUCUGACCGUGUCAUCACUGGGACCAAGGUUUCAGAAGCGCUGCCGUGAUUUUCCUUCCUUAAUGAACACAGUGUCCAUCAUCCUCUUACCCCACUGGUCUAAGGAAGCGUUGGUGACGCAUGCGUAUCAUGUCCUCAAAGGUAACUUCAUUCAUGCUUUUCAUGUUAACUACUCCAAAAUGCAAGGCGUGGCUCCUGCUUACUUAUAUACGCCUCUGAUUGGUGUGUGAUGAUACAUGAUCAUUUUUGUCAUUCCCUCUAGAUGUCGAGACUUUCUCACCAGUGCAGACAGAAAAUUUAGCCCACUUGCUGGCUUCCAUGCACUUGUCCAUAAAACAACAGGAUUCUGGCGAAGAACAGUGUGGAACAUACGGACAUAUAACCAAUACGGGAUUUGAAGUCUUCGUAGAGAGGUAACCAGCCUUUUUAAAGCUAAUUUUGCGAAAUUUUUAUUUGCUUUCUCAGGUGAGAAUAAAAAAAUCGAUUGAAGCCUUGUGAGCUGCAAUUUAAGCGAUUGCAGAAGAUAAGCCUGAAAAAAAUCCAGGCUUCGAUAAGAUUCUAACCGAGGCCUCCUAGAUACUAGUCGGGUGCUAUUACCAACUGAGCUAUGAAGCCACAUGUUGAACAGGAGCUCAUUGUAUCAGGGUAAAAAAUAGCUACAAUAACUCAAGGCUGAAAGAGACAUUCAGUGUAACUUUAACUCUGAAAAUGUGUUCAAUGUCACGAGAUUCAAUGUUAGUAACCCAGAGGCCAAAAGGUACAAGAGCAAAAUACUUUCAACGUUGUUUUGAACGAUUCAUUUUUCCAGGUUUGUAUGUUUGAUCAAAAAGCGCCAACAAGUUUUACGAAGCGAACAUGAACAAAUGGCGGCAGCUCUUCAGACUAUCGAGCGAGGAACACAGCUGGCAGAACAACUGAAGACACAGCUUGGACAUGAAAAGAUGGUGCUUGAACAGAAGAAAGAGGUUUGUUCCCACCGAAUGUAAAUUCAGCUCGAAAUUUCACUUUUUCGUUCGUUCUGCCACCGCUUCUGCGACUUAACUUUAACAAACCAACAAUUAAAUAUUAUGAAAGUUGGACAGUUCUAACUUAUGAUUGAAGAAAUAGGCAGUUUCUGUACAACUGACGAAAAAUUCAACUCUGUAUAAGCAACACUUCGUCAACCAUUUGUCAGUGUCUGUAGCUUCUGUAAUUCGAAUACAUAUCUCCCGUUUGAAGUGUGUUGGUUAGACCGGCCUUCAACUUCAUGCUAUUGCUCUCAGCUUUCGUUUGGCUUUGAUUUAAUUGUAAUUAUUUUCGUUUCUAUCUUUUCAGGGAAAUCUUCAGUUACUGCUGCAGAUUGGUCAGGUAACAGAUAGUACUUCGAAAAUGCGAUUUUAUUUAUUGAACAGCGUUAGUAAAUUGUAUGGGCCCUGGGAGCUUUUUGUAUGAUAAAGAGAAUAUGCUUUUUUUUUUAUUUUUAAGGACAAAGCGAUAGCUGAGGAACAAGUUAGACUCGUGAAGCGACAGCAAGAGAGAAUACAGAAACUAAAGAAGGUAAAUCGAUAAUUCCAAACGCAGUAGCUACACUUAGUCGUUUUCAAGCGAUAGUAAACCAGCUUGACUGUAACUGUUCGUAUCGUACGAGAGACUGGGCCCUUUGGAAAUAAUAUUUUCUUAGCUGGUAGACAAAUGGCUGUUUUUGUCGAGUGGAAUAGAUACACAAGUGAACGCAAAGGAGCAAAGCAACAUCUUUUUUAACAUGCAAUACGUUUGCCAAUUUCUCAGCUAUCUCCUUUAAGACCUUUUAAAUUGACGCACAAAUCGAUAUGCGAGUUUGCGAGUCAUUUUAGAUUUGUGGCGGAGUUGGUUGAGAUAAUGGAAAGAGUUUAUUCGACCAUUGAUAGAGCCUGACAGAGCAAAACUUAAGUAUUCUCGGGUCACUUGGACAAUCAUAGAUCCAAAUGAGUUCUGAAUGUUCCGCGAAAUUAAGUCUUUUGUCGUUCCCAGGCUUUACCUGAAUACCAAAUAGCACAUGAGCGAGCGGUGUUCAAGGCUGCUGCUGUCGUAUCUGAUACCAAAAGAGUGUUAAAGAACCUCGAUGGACAGGGACUGGCAGAAUUACGCGCUCUGCAGAAACCAGAUAAUGAAAUUGAAGAUCUCUUGGCUGCCAUCAUCAUUAUAGGUGAGCAUGGCAAGUUGUGGUUUAGUGUACCCUUGGCCAGCGUACCCUUGGUGAAAAUGAAUAUGACACAACAACUUGCAUGCGUCCAGACUCCUUGUAUUCUUGUAAACAAAGAUUUACGUACCAGGAUUUAUCCGGCGACGAUUCGAAAUUAUUGCUUCUUACAGGAAAGUCUCAAAAUCCUUAGCUAAAAACUAAACUUGGCGAAAAACGGCAAAACGCACAUGGCGUGAGAAACUGCGCCUUAGGUAUAUUUUCAGCGGCGCUAUAGACUGUAAGUAAAUUCAACGAAUCAUACAUUUAGCGAAGACGAAAAUAAUUUUCUGGUCCCAACAAAAUGCAGAACGUGACUCAUUUAUGAACCUGGUGAUGUCUCAGCUCACCAGGGCAUAGGAGCGCAGAAUCUGAUCCUCUGAAGUUCGAUUCGUCAUUGGGACGCAGAUGUAUUUUAUUGGUCUCUUUUCAUUUUGCAGUGAAAUCGCCAUCAUCUGACUUGACAUGGAACAAGGGAGCUAAACGCCUUAUGGCCAAUUUAGACAGGUGAGGCCGUAAAUAAUGUUCAUGAUUUUAAUUCUGGGCGCUGAAAGGAAACUUUUCUGAAAUAAGAGGAUAACAGCGAUCCCCUCACAUAGUGGUGGCCUGGGACCGAUUUCUGGACCUGGUAUCACAUACGAGUAAGGAUUACUGAUUUAUCUCGUCCAUGGCCCAACGAUUUCCCUCUGUUAUUUGUAGAAAUCCGAUUUCAAUAUUUUAGGCUAAAUUCAACUAAUUAGCAUGUUAAGAUGCUAUCAUUGAUGAAAAUUAUACCUUUAUCUUUCAUGUAUUAAUUUUUAUAAUGUUAUUACCUCAAUUUCAGGUUUCGGGAGGAACUUGGUGUGUUUGACGAGAUGGAACUUACCCCGAGCACGUUAGAAGUGGUGGAACCGUACCUAAAGAAACCUCACUUCAUUGGCGAUUAUCUUGAGAAGAAAACCAGUAACCCUGCAGUGGGAUCCCUGUUACAGUGGGUCAGAGGAGUAGUCAGGUAAAAGCCAGACACUAAAGUGAUACCAAAUCGUGCAUUUACGGAUUUUUCCUGAGUAAUUUUCAAGAUCCUGGCUACCGGAAUAUAAUUCAUCAAUAUGAAGACGAGUGCGACAAUUUUGUGUGAACCUUGCUGAACUUGGUAUCACGUUGCGUAUGAAAUUGAUGACAGAUAAAUCUUUAAACGUGAUAUCUUGAAGGAAGAGUCGAGCUUUGAAAACACGAAUGCACAUAUUGAUUAACAGGUAAUUUAGUAUUAACAACUGGGUUGAAAACGUAAAUUAGCCACCGUAAAGGGUAAAAAAGCUGACGUUUCGAGCAUUAGCCCUUCGUCAGAGCGCUCCGACGCAGCACCACAGUUUCUUUAGAAACUUACCCUUUUACACAUAUUGAUUAAGGAUGAUUAAAGAUAUAUUAUGAAAAUAGGGAUGAAAUAGAUUUAAGAAGGGUCACAUCAUGAGGUGGCUCUUAGUCCAUUCGUCUCAGAUCGAAUCGUUGAAAGUAGUUGUUUUAGUUGUCAAGGGAAAAAACCAGCAAAAACUCCCCUGGAGUAAGGCCGAAAGGUAACAACAAACUCACCCCACAUAUGAACCCGUGUCGGACCCAAGAGUCGAUCCCUGGGCAUAGGUGCCUGAGUUGCCUUCUCAUUCUUUUUUCCGUCGAUUUCGCGCCUUGGUCAACUCUUCACUGAUUGUAGAUUGCUUUUUGACACUUCCUUUUCCUUUCAAGAUACCAUCGCAUGAUGCAGUCCAAAGUCAAACCGCUUCACGCGAAAGUGUCUGAAACGUCCUCUGCAGUUGAGCUCGCUGUGGGAAAAUUGUCCUCUAUGGAGAGUAAACUGAAGGACCUUGAAGAACGCUUAAGAUCUCUGGCCUUAGCUUACGAGGAGGCGUCGAUUGACAAGUGCCGGCAGUACGAGCUCACAGAGACUUUGGACUCGCAGCUGUCCCAAGCAGCUUACUUUGAAGAGGUGAGCUAAUUAAAUAAACAUAAUUAUAUCAUGUUUUUGUUGUUAUGUUAAACUGUGUUGCCAAACAUGAAUAACUGUAUUACGUUUAUUCGUUUGAACUGCUAUUUACUUCUUAUAGAAAGUUGCUUAGUAUUAAGCUCGAGCUGGGCCCAAAUUUGUCAGAUGCUCUACCAACUGAGCCUUAAGGAAAUCCUUAGCGAGCAAGGUCUCAUACAAGGCUCAAAUGUGACAAGCGCACGACAUACUCUAAGUAUCACCUAUUUGUUGGGGAAUAGUCUUUUGUUUCUGGAAGAUACACUAUGGCUUAAAGCAAAGUCCCUUUAGCUCUUUUGGCGGUGUUUGUCUAACAUAGAAGCCAUCCUUAAGCGGUUUUCUUUAUUCACAAGGUGCUCUCAAGUGGUCGUCAAAAAUGGCUGCAGCUCCUCGAAUCCAUCAACACACGUGUAGCGGCUGUUGCAGGUGGCGUGGCCAUGGCAGCUGCGUUUGCCACCUACUUAGGCCCCUACUCGUUCAAUUUCCGCCGAGAUAUGUUGACAGUGCACUGGCCCCAGUGUUUGGACGAGCGGGGUGUGAUGUUGGUUGUGGACAGCAAUAGUCCGCAUGGCGGUGCAGAAAUGUUCAUGAUGGAGCAGUUACGGACCGUGCGAAGCGCUAAAAUGACUGAAGGCGGACAGGAAACAGCUGAAGCGCAGCUACAGGAAAAUGCAGAAGACGAAGGAAAGGAACAGGGGAAUGAAAAUAAUGGUAAAAUAUACGUUAACUUUCUCUCCAACAAGGAAAAUCUAAACGUCGCGACACUUCACGACAAAAAAUUAUUUUUCAAAGGGCACCUUGAUUUCUCCUGGAAUCAACUUGUGCCUAUUGCUAUAACUGGGGCACUCUAAUACACACACGAAUAGGUUACUUUGGGAUGUAAAUUGCUAAAAAUCCUGGAAAGGGGGACAAGGCUAUCGGAGGAGUUCAACCCGAUUGUAUGGAAAAAUAAUUUCAAUUGAUUGGUAAAGUAGAAUUUUUGGCCCGAGGACCUAGCGCCACCCCGCCAAGCCGCCUUACUGAGUAAUAAGAAUCCUUUUGUGUUUUUUAAUAGGUGAGAAUACAGACGAUACUCAACCAGGAAGUGACCAUGAAAGACCACACAGCGCAGAAAUAGAAAAGCAAGACGUAGAACAAAGCGAGAAAGAGGACAGUGGACCGCAAGCGCAACAAGAAGGCGAAUCUGAGGAGUACAUGAUGUCUGUCGGUAGAGAUCAAGCUUUGCGUCGAACAAAACUUACAGAAUAUGAUUCAUUUGUUUUAGCUGUACUCAAGCUUUUACUGGGCGAAAAUCAUGUGCGGAGGCUAGUCACUAAAGGAAUGGGACCAAGAAAAAUUGAGAAUGCGGUCUUGUCUAAGUCGUCAUGGCAACGUGUCCCUCUGCUCGUGGACCCUUACGAUAAGGGACUUGAGCUGAUUAGGAUCAUCGAGGAUGGGGAGAACUUUCUGGAGAUUGAUUUGGCGGAGAGGUAUGCAAACAGAAUUUAGUUUGAGAAUUUGAAAAGCAAGAACAUCUUAUACAAGGAAUUCCCUUGGCCCAGUAGUGGUCGAAUUGCAUAAAGUAACUCAGAUAAUAUUUUGUAAAUACGUUCAAUUUUUCAGUAUUCGCUGGAACAAAGGGAAUCCUUUAGAUUCUCGCAGUUUAAAGAAGUUAAGUUUUCGAUCUUUAAUCUCAUAGUCACGUUAUAUUUCCGUACUAGUAGCGGGUCGCUAUAUAAACUUUUAAAGUAUUUUGUGCACGAAUGAAUCACCCAAAAUGGUUGGCUUUCUUAAUGUCAAACAGAUACAUUUGUAGAGGAUUGCAAUGAAGCCCUAACGUGGAAGCUUAUGCUUUGCCUAUUGAUUAUCAGUCGUUUUUUCCCCCCUUAGUGAUCCUUCUGCGAUUCUGAAGAUUGAAAAGGCGAUAACAAGUGGUACAGCCCUGGUGUUGUAUAAUAUCGAUGGCGAUAUUGACUCGCUGUUCAUGCCUCUUAUUUAUCACAACACUACAUGUAUCAGUGAAGAGACAGAAAAAGGUUUGACAUAGUCUCAUGUUUGGUACUUGUGCUUUGCAUUUAGUGAAUUUUUCAGUUUUUCUAAACCGUGAUUUGUUCUUGGUGUGGUUUCUUUAAGUACUAGAUCCUAGCCGUGAGAACACAUCGUUUCAUUAGAGAUAUAUAGUUUUUCUUUUGGACGAGAUAUCCAUAGUUUGGUAGUGUAAUCGUAGUGCACUCUCUAGUGUUGAUAAAAUGUAAUUAAUAUCCACCACUUAAAAGGAAUGCAGAUUUCACAGCACAAUAGCCAACCAACAAAGGUAUGCAAUACACAUAUCCGAGUUUCCAUAGCCUCUGUUUAAAAAGGAACGCAAGGAAAAAGCCUCCAAUAUGGAAAUAAUUAAAAUUCGUCGUUCUCAUCCAAACGAAACUCAUUUUCACACCAAAGGUUUUGCUCUGGGCCUCCUUUUGAAAAGAAGGGUUUUGAUAUCCCGGUUCAUAAUAUUUACUUACUAAUAUUUAUAUUUAUUAUUUAUUAUUUAUUAUUAAAUAUUUACUUACUAAUAUUUACUUUAAAAUAAUUCAUUUCACUUGCUUGCUUCCAGCUUUUCAGAUGGUAAAGUUCGGUUCCCGUCGCGUCAUGUGUCACCCGGAGUUCCGCUUAUACCUGGUAUCCAGAUCCUCUCGACCGGCCUUCAGCACGGAAGUGUCUUCAAUCACGACUAUGGUGAACUUGCGCUUGGACGGGGAGGCCUUAGCCGAGGAGAUCCGGAUCGAGGCUUUUCACCGCGUACAGCCUGAACUUUACGUUGAGAGCCGCAAAAGCUUGAUGGUAAUGAUGGAGUUGUUGAGGCUACUAGAGAACAUCGAUGGCAAGUUGAUGGGGCUGGUCACAGAACGGCAAGGGACAGAUAUAUGGGAGGAAACUGAGAUCAUAGCUGAACUGGUCAAAUGUAGGAGUGAGGUGAGUGUUAGUUUUGGCUUGUUAGACUGGGCACCAUAGCGUGUGGGCAAGUGUGUGCUUAAGCAGCCGCUUUAUCACUUUCAUUAGGAGUGCUUUUCUGGACGAAUAGUCCAUUUUAUCGGUGUAAGCUUUUAAGAGAGCUGAGGAUCGCGCAGAACUUUAAUUUCAUACGUAGCUUUGUGCGUUUCCUUUGAUAAACUCUCUCAAAAUUGAAAUCGCAUUGAGUUGCAUCAAAUUAAAGGCAUUAUGGGUUACAAACAGAUAACAUUUUGACUUCAGUUACGUGCUUCCUUUUGUCGCUCCAGGUUGCUCAACGUCUGACUCACACCUUGAACAACUUUAACAGACUUAAGACUCUGCGCGAACUUUUCCAACCGCUGGCCAAGCGUGCGGUGAUGAUGUUCUCCUUGUUGAGCUCCCUGUCCAGUGUACAACAUGAGUACCGCUUUUCCCUGGGGUACUUCCUGUCCCUGUUCCGCUCGGCAAUCGGACGGGAUGUGGAGCCAUCCAAAGAGAGACUUGAAUACGAAUCGGACGAUGAAGAAACCAAAGGAACUAAGGAAGAAUCACGAACUGCCGUAUUGAUCAAGGCAAUUGAAAAAGAAGGAACAGACACACCUGUCCAGGGUAUGUCGUGCUCCUCAAAACGUUCAUUCAAAGCUAGAGCUAAACGAAGUUAUCAUCAUCAUUAUUUUUUAUUUGCCCUUUUAACAGUUUAAAUGGGAAAGGUCACCUCACACUCAACAAUAUAUUUUAAAAAAAUCAGUGCUGCGAAUGUGCUGCUUGGCCAAUUCAAUGAUAAUUUGAGUAAAAACUCUUGCAUUUUCGUCUUAUGACUAAAAAGACUUGACGAACGAGUGACCGAAACAGGAAGAGAGUUCUUUGUUUUUAGGACCUUGGUAGAAAAUUGUGAAUUGCUUGAGAUUGGUACGAUACAAAUUCGUUCGUUAAUUACUGGCUGUUCGGUGAAUUUAGAAUCUUAGAAUUUUACGAAGUUGUUGAAACUGUUAUCUUUACAACGUACCAAUAUUAUUAUGGGGACAAGUGAUACAUUGAUUGUGACUAAUAGGGAAACCACUCAAAGUAAUCUAAGGAAGACAUCGUAUCUGAAGGCUUUCCUUCUCUUGGUGAGCACAGGGUUGAAUAUUUCGAAGUAAUUCCAUUUCAAGUUCAGAUUGAUACUAAAAUAUGUUCGUUUAUUGGCAAAGGCAAAAGAGGUAACAGUUCUAGCUCCUAAGCUCUUGCGGCAAGAGUAUUACAAAUUACUUAUUAAUUUCUUUCACUCCAUAGGUGAAGGAGAGCGAAGUUCUUCUCGUAAGAGAUUACGGAAGCGAAUGUCUGUUGUCCUGCCAGCUGAAGUACAGCUGCCUUCUCCUGGCGUAGAAUAUACAGCACUCAGUUCCGAACAGAGUGAUCAGCUCACGGACUCACUCAGUCAGUCAUUUUAUCGUCAUGUUAGCAGGUAAUAGUUCUUGUAAGCGGCAAAUUACUAAAAAUAAAUGGACAUUCGCGAAGAUUCUUCUAUCACGUUGCAAAACUGAAGAUUUUUAAGAAACGGUUGAUUCAAACUUGUAAACUCUGUAGAAAAUUCUUCCUUAUUUUUUCAUUUGUUCCCCAAUUUCGAAAAAGAGCAGGAAUCACGAAGUUGCAAUGAUAACUUUGUUGAUAUUUUCUCUCUCAGGAGCAUAGACCAAGAUCACCGUCUUUUGUUCGCCUCUUUGCUCACUCUCUACAAAAUGGAAAAACGUGCUGAAGGCGGACCAACACAACAAGAAAUCUCACUCCUACUCUCAGGUAAGACCAUAAGGAACGUCUCUUACCAGGAUCUCACUCCUAAACUAACCUCCCCGUCCCCUUCUAUUUUUAGGCACGAUUCCAUCCCCAGUCCCUGCACUAUCAGACUUCGAUCCCACUCUCCUUCAACCGAGCUGGAUCCCGAAAGAGUCCUGGGAGCUGGUUCUUGCCGUCUCUAGUCUUAAGGGUCCUUUGGACGGUAUCUGUACUCACAUUGCGUCUAAGCCUGGCCCAUGGAGGGACUGGUACGAAAACGAGCGGCCUGAGACGAGGCAGCUGCCUAUAGAAACUGGAGACACAGACGACGCCACUUCCUUGAGUGCAAUUCAUAAACUGUUGAUGAUUCGCUGCUUGCGAUCCGACAGAUUUGAGUGUGCUAUGCGUAUACUUGUGGAGAGUGAAGUUGGAGACUUGAUGGAGAGAGCUCUUCCGAAUUUUGAUGAAGUCCUUUCCAGUAUUAAGCACUCGAUUCCAGUUUUUGUACUGAUGCCAGAUCACUCGACCGUGAAUACGCCGUUCAGGAUUUCUCCAGUCGACAGCAUACGGCGGAUGGCCGAGGUAACACUCGUUAUACUGAUUGUGAUGGCUGUGUCAAUUGAGGUGCUGUGGUUCUCUUUCGUUCGGUUGUUCAAACUAGUCGGUUUUUUUACUUUCCUAUGUCUUAAUGUAUUAUCGAAUGCUGGAAGAAAGGGAAUACUAUCCUAGAGGCUUUCGAAAAGUUUCGAUAAAGAAUUUAAUAUGAAAUACGACAAACCCAUAGUACCCAAGCUUUUCCAGAUUGAUUGGAGGACAUUUUCCUAGUGGAAGGUUUUCGUUCAAAUGGCACGUCUGCGACUCAUCCAAAAAACUACUCCAACAAAAGCGAAACACUUUCGCCAAUUCAUGAAGAAUCAGUGGACACGAAGAAAAAAAAAAUCAUACUCAUUUUUUUGGUUUUCUUUUUUUAGUAACUGUUUCAUUGUCAACUUUCAAUGCCACCGCUUCAAACAGGAUUUGCAGAUAGUUAUUACAACAGUUUUUAUCGCGUCGCUCCCAUUGCAUUCUUUACUUUGUCAACAAACCUGACAGAGCUAAGGAAACUUUAACUGUCAAAAGGUGCGGACUAAACGAAGAGACCCACUGUAGGGACCCGUCGUUAUUUAUCGCUCGUUGGGGUGGUGGAGGAUUCUAAAGGGGAUCACAGGUCUUCAGGGGCAAUAGAGGGGUGAUCAGUCGUCGCCAAGAGAGUGUAAAGGGGGGCCAUAAACAAUUUGUUUCCAAUGGGGGCUUGUACGAGUAUUACCGAGCCUUAGAGGGGAUCAAGUAAAUUUUAUAGUAAUGCAACCAAAAGCCUCUAAACUCACCCCCACCCCGGUGGCAAAUAAUUACUGGUUCCUUAUCUAAGAGGGUUUCAUUCUUUAAUAACUUACGGUCGAUUUAAACACGUUCUUAACUCCGCCAGAGAAACUACAGCUGUCCCUGUAACGAACAAAACUUCUUGCCUUUUAACAUUUCAGGCUCACAAUGUGCAGUGUCAGCAGAUAUCUGUUGGACACGGACAGGAAGAAAGCAUUGAUGUUGCCUUAGCAACCGCCGUCCGGACUGAUACGUGGUUGGUGAUUGAGAACCUUCAACUGGCUUCCCGCCACUGGUUAGAGCAACUCUACAAUCGUCUUUCCAGACUUCAGUUACAAGCGGGUGCGUUGAAUUUUUAACGUAGAUCUCACGACCUUUGAUAUAAAAACACUACACCUGCUAAACGCAGCGUUUAAGAUAUCCAAUGUACCUUAAGAGAAGUACAUUGAUUCUUGUAAUCAUGUAGCUUGUGUCUUCUGACAAUGUUUUGAAGGAAUAUCUGACUUUCAAGGUAACUGCAAUUUGAUCUCUAAGACGUUAAAGGAAGUAACCCUCUGACAGCAACUCUGUUUGAUUAUCUCUUUCUUCUCUCUUCAGAGACGUCUUCCGCUCCAUCCCAAUGGCGAAUUUUCCUUCUCUGUGAGCCCGCGGAUCACUUACCAGUGGGACUUCUGUUGUUCUCGCACCAGUUGGCCUGGGACGUGGUCCAAAGAGAAGUUCCUGUGUAUCAGCCCCUGGCAUCUACCGGCCUGAACUUGAAGAAAGUCAUCACCUCCACACUUGAGGUAUGGUGAAAAAUUUUUCAUAUACACAAAGCAUUAUACAAAGAUCGUUUGCUGAAUAUUUUUUAAACUUGUCUGUGUUUUUUUAAAUUUUUUUAAUUUUUAUUUUAACAGGCCGUUCCUCAGGCCUACUGGGAACAAGCUCGUGACCAGUCCCUCGCAGUUCGUUCAACUCUGUUUGGUCUGUGCGUCAAUCACAGCGCUCUGCUCAUGCGCCAUCAGCUGGGAACGCGAGCAUCCAGCCGACGAUAUCCUAUUACAACACGUGAUUUACUGACGUCGUUUGAGAUGGUGAUUGGUUGGGCCAAAAAGGAAGAGGGUUUAAGAGCGUCACAGUCGAAGGCGCUUUCAGAUGUCAUAUCCAGGGUAAGAUUUUGGGAAUUAUUAAACAAUUCGAAACCUAUCGAUGAGGACUUUCUUUCAACGCGAAUCUGGUAUUAAGUCAACUCCCAGUCUAAGAAAUGAAUCAUAAGUUUUGUAUUGAAACUGUUAUGCAGCGUCGGCUGGUUUGAGGAAUACUUCAAUUCAUGGGGCAGAUAAUAAAGGUUAUUUAAAUGCUGCAACGAGCUGAUAUUUCAUGUACUUGAACAAUCGCUAACGUUCGUAACACGAGCUAAUGUGCUACUGAAUUAGCUACAGCGGUAUAGUCACCUUCAUGAGUAUAAAGGGGUGUGGUGAAAAGGGUGCGAAACCUGAUGAAAUACUAGGCGCGGAAGGAGAGGAAUGAAUGUAGUCUAUUCUCAAUUUAGAAUUGCUCGAAUGCUUACAUCCUUGUAGGGAAUUUAUGGCGGGAAAAUUACAGACACAUGGGAUCGUCGUUUCGUGGAAAUCCUGACCCGACAAGUGAUAAGCGAGACUGCUCUUCAACAGCACUCUUCGCUCACCUUGGGUUCAAUUAGCCUGCCAGUGCCACCAACUAAUGUGGACCCGACCGAUUACAGCAAAUGGUUCCGUGAGAAGACUGAGUCCGAAGACACAGAUAUAAGCGCUGUAAAGGCCCUGGGGCUGAAUAUCUGUGUAGAACGGGAAUAUAAUGAAGCGCGGUGAGUUUAGUUUCGAAGACGAUCAGUGUUUGAUUUCAGAUUAUUUUAAUCAGUACAUACUUAAACUCUCUCAGGAUGAGAAAAAGGGGAAUGGUCUUCACAGCUGAGCUCAUUUAUCAACGAAGUCGUUAAAAAUAUCUGUAUCCAAGAAUAAGUCUUUCCAAUUUUUUUUGAAAAUGCGAAUUCAGCUGUGAAUUGGGUUUUGCUGAUAUGUUAGUGUACCUACAAGCUUUCUUUUCAAAAUACGUUACGAUGGUUUUCGCCACACUGACGUUCCCUUGUUGCAUUAGUAAUAUAGGCUGCUUUCUGCGCAUCGUUCCUUUAAAAGUUAUUACCUUGAAAUGCUUAGAUUCUUUUCUUACUGAAUUCACAGUGCCUCGGAAUUUAUUUGCAAAUUAGACAAGCUGUACAGAGACAUCAACAACACUACUGCGCUUUCUCUGGAAUCCGUAUUGGACAACAAAGUCGACAUGCCUCGCUUGCGUGCUUCAAUGGACAUGUGUCUUGAACAGCUCCCAACGUUAUUAAAAAUAGAAGGCGAGGGAGCCAUGCCUGUCACUCAACUUCUUCCUCGCGUGCUGUCUCAGCUGCGAGCUUUGUCAGUUUACUCAGAGUCUGGGAGUAGUAUUGGGAGCGAAGAACAUUUAUCAGAGUCUAUGAGCUACGUAUUACUAAAGGUACAAAUAUGUGACAUUUAUUUUUGCGCUAUGAUGAUGUAAAUGAGGAUGGUAAAUGUCAAGCGUGGCGACUUUGGUGAAAGAUGACGUUGUUCAGUGAAUGAUACAGGGAUAAUCGAAAAAAAAGAACCCCCACUGUUACCAGUAGGAGUCGAACCUAGGACCUUCCUGUUUAUUAUUUCGGAUACCCUACCACUGCGUUAGAGGAGACUCGUGGGAGGCCAGGUCGCUUAACUAGGUUGUAUUUGCGCAAUGAUGAUGUAAAUGAAGAUUCUUAAUGAUAAGCCACCGGAAAAGGUUUUGAUGGUGGUUGCGUUUUAGGCUCACAAACAAGCUAAUUUUGGUAAUGGGAACCUCCACUCACGGAUUAUCUGAAUAGGAGUGGACCUUAAACGAUGGUAACCAAUACAAAAGUUAUAAGAGCAUUUUUUCAGGCGGAACCAAAGUCGUGUUCCGAUGUAUUCUUUCUUGUUACAAUUAUAACCUUUGAUAAGUUGUGGUUGUGCAAGCCCAUGAACUCAAAAUAAAACUGUUUCGUUGUCUGUUUACUACUUAUGAACGUGGAAAUUCGUCACUUAAUAUUCUCUCUUUCCUUCUCAGGAAUGCCAAUGGUUUAACUGCCUUCUUUAUCACAUUCGACACUCUUUGCAAAUUCUGGAGCAGUGUGUGUUAGGAGGGUCACCAGCAAUCCCAACUUACCUGGCACGCAUUGUUGACGCGCUUCAACAGGACAUGGUGCCUAGUGAUUGGUUGCAUCCGCAUGCUCAACCCUCCCCCCACAGUUUAACAUCCUGGCUCAAAGGUAAUGCAUGCGCUUUUUCUUUCCUUUUUUCCUUUUUUUUUCACAGAACCUGCAAUUCUCCACCAAGUAUGCAUUUUCCAUUGACUUCCCUUAUCCUAACACCCUAAAAACAGUAUGCAUAUUCUCCAUAGGGCGUGAACUGGUUAUUCGAGGGGGAAGCUUGUUGAAAAUUAUGGAUUUGCGCUUCUGUGAGGAAUAACGUGUAUCACUUAAAUGUUAAUUUGAUAAGACAUCAGAAACCCUUGUUAUCUUUUCUUAAUCUGAAAGGAGUGUAUCGCAGCGAAAAAGGAAAAAUGCAAAUCAGACUUUGGAACAAAAUCUGAAGUAGACGUUAAAACAAAAAGAAAUUCAGAAGUUCUUCUUUAAGUCGAAUCUUCAAUUUGCUUCGGUAAUUUUGAGAGUUUUCUCCGUGAAAUCGGUGAUUGUCAUUUAUGUAAAAAAGAUAAGACGGAAGAAUUUCCACUAAACAUUUUUUCCUUCCAAACAGAUUUUAAUCGUCGCCACAAGCAGCUUAAUGAAUGGGUGCGACGUGGCGUUGUUCCAAAUCCAAACUCGGAGCCCUUGGUUGGGCGUGGUCAGCUUACCUCCGUCUGGCCUGGUGGCCUGGCUAAUCCGGUAGCACUGAUAACAUCAUUAAAACAUGAGAAGGCUGCGAUGGUUGGAUGUAGAGUGGACGAGGUAAAGUUGUACCUUUUUUUUUUUUUUUUUUUUUUCCAAAGCGAUCGAGAGUAUCAUUCAGUUAAACAUUGUUACGAUGGGAGUAAUUCGCGUUGGGAUAGUCACAAGAAAAAGUUCUAUCAUAAUCACCAUAGAGAUGUUUUAUGAAAGCUGUAUGGAAGUCUAAUGGAUGAAUCCUUCGCCGAUGUCCCUGGCUUGUCCUGAUUAUUAUUUUCAAAGCUUGACAGGAAGUGAGGAGAAAAGGAGUUGAGGGUGGGAAGGGAGGGGAGGGAGGGGGAGAGUGGAGGGAAGAGAGUUACAUAUUGCGCCACCGAUCACAAACGAAACGGAAGGGGCAUUCCUAAAUUUUAGUCUAAGGUGAUCCAGAACCACUUGGUGUCUAGUACUUGCGUUGUAUUUUUAUCGUUGACGACAGAUCACAGUUAUGUGCUAUUAUAAAUGUAUUGAUAAUAAGGGAAACUAAAUAUAAAUUUCGAUAUAUUUCCCAUAUCAUACGGAAUCUGAUUCUGUUGUUUUUUUUUCUUAUGGAUGAUUGUAAAGAUAAUAUCUCUGUGUUUGUAUUCAUAUUUACCACAAAUUUUGGUGAAUCUUUCAAAGGUGGAACUUCGUUGUUCUUUGGCAAAGUCCUACUUGUCGCGUGACGACAGAAAAGAUGAGACCGAGCAAGGCCUGGUCAUUAGUGGGCUGUAUAUUGAGGGUGCGUCUCUGGACCUCGAUAGAGAAUGCCUCGUAGAACCGACGUAAGUUUUGUUAGUUUUAGUGUUACCAUUCGGCUCCUUGGAAAAUAGACAGUUUUUUCUUGAGAGUCGAUACUGCCUUUGUUAUGAAAGAAGAUAAACGUUUUAUUCGCGAAAAUUGAUGUCACAAGUUAACUAUCCAAUCAAUUCAAAGGUUUGUUUAACGACCGAUUACUGCUGUUUUCCUCUUUGCUAUCAGGUCAGCAAUAUCACAACUACCAGACCUCUUUGUUUCUACUGUCAUUCGUGAGGAUGAGGAAGAGCCUCUAUCCGAUGAGAGGAACGAGGCAGAAAAAACGGAAAUCUACCACUGCCCAGUGUUUAUGAAUAGGGUAAGUGUUUGCUUAAUUCUUGUUCAAAACUUCAGCUUUAAAUAUCAAGAGCGCAUUUUGUGCGCGUGAUAUGUUUGUGCUGAAAAGGGAAGCCUUGAAGACUACUGUUGUUAGUUGCAAUAGCUGAUGUUUCGACUGCAGGGUGCCCACAAAAUUUCUGUGUGUCCCUAGUAGUUUCUAUGACUUGUGCGUAAGUCAUUCUCAGAGUUAAGCAAAGAGUUUUUGAUCCGUCGUGAUGGGAUUAGUCAGCGUCGGUAAAGUUAGGUCGUUCUGUUUAGUUUGAUGUUAUGUUAGGGUCUUGAAUGAGUCCGGUCCAAGCCAUGUGCGCUAUUCUAUAUGAUCACAUAAGCGCAUUGUAGUUUCCUUGUAUUUUCGAGCUUUAUAUUUUGCGGUCGAAUAUCUUGGUUGUAACUUUCAUUGUAUCUAAACCAUACCUAAUCAACAUAUCUCUUGUCUCUUGUCCCCAAGGCUCGGCAGUGCUGUUCAGUGACUUUACCCAUCAAAUGUUCCCACACCGCGGAACAUUGGAUCCUAGCUGGAGUCGCCAUCGUGUUAGAUCCAGGCAACUCAACAAGCUCUUGGAAACUGGUGCCGAGCAAUUCUAAGCCAGAGUGACUUCCAGAAUACUUAAGCGUUGACUUAGUGUUACCUAACGCUUUUCUGUAAAGAUUGUAAAGAUUGUUUCAGUCUUCAAGAAGACAGUACAAAUUAUGUGCCUUUUUCACCGUUAACUUGUAAGUAAUCAAAAACCUCUUACGUAAAAACAAGAGUUUAUGAAAAUUUUCCAAUGUAAAUAUCCUUUAUAGAUAUGAGCAUGCGUGUUCUUUCAACCUGUCCCGUCCCAUUGUCGCCAAUUCUCAAGUAUUUGAUUCGCGUAUUGCUAUGUGAACUGUAAGUUGCUGCAACAUACUUUAGAAGUGUCAACAACAAUUUCUCGAAACAUUAUGCUUCAACUUGCCAUACGCAGAAUGAUACGGUGCGAGAAAUAUUUGAACUGACCAAAUGUCGCAGAGAAAGUUGAUUGAAACAUAUGUCUUUAGACACUCCCUUCAUUAUUUAUUCACUUUGUGUUACUCAAUUUUGUAUCGCUAAGCCAUCGGGAAUCGUCGUAACAAGUUCAAGCGAUACUUGAGCACUUUGUUACAGUUUACUGGAAAACUUGUUCGGAAAAUGCUUUUUUUGUACUUUCUGAAUCUACACCG